GACUACUAUGAAUGAGAGUCAGGAAGCUUCUUCGCGCCCAGACAGACUGACGGACUCUCUCAGCGGCUCGGCCCGUUACUCACCUCAGAACCCCCUCACAGUCCCGGCGUCUCGGUCAGGAUGUCCUACUCCAGAGCUUUACCGGCUCUCGCCCGCCUGAAGCCCGACCGGCUGAUCCGGUUCCGUUCGACAGCGGCCUCGAGCCGAGCCCAGGAGAAGAGCGAGGAGGCGCAGCUGGAGCCCGCGUGCACGCUCGUGGAGAAGCCGUGCGAUGUGGACCUGAUAGCUGCCCACCCGGACAGGACCACCAAGAUCUGCGUGGACUUCGACAACACGCGCGAGGCGUACAAGAGCAAAGACACGCUGGAGCUGCUGCGCAGCCUGCUGGUCUUCAGGCUCUGCGCCUUCGACUUUCUCGUCGACAGGAACAAGGAGCUGCUGGACCUGAGUAAGAAGAUCCUGGGCCAGACCCUGUUCGAGAAGCUGAUGAAGAUGACUUUUUACGGGCAGUUUGUGGCGGGAGAAGAUCAGGACGCCAUUAAGCCCCUGAUUGCGAAGAACAAGGCUUUCGGCGUGGGCUCGGUUCUGGACUACAGCGUGGAAGAAGACCUCACGCAGGAGGAGGCGGAGAAAAAGGAGAUGGACUCCUGCGUAUCAGAGGCUGAAAAGGAAAGUCAUGGUAUUGAUCACCGUGAGAAGAAGUACAAGGCACACCGGCAGUUCGGGGACCGGCGAGGGGGCGUGAUCAGCGCCCGCACGUAUUUCUACGCCGACGAGACCAAAUGUGACAGCCACAUGGAGACCUUCAUCAAAUGCAUCAAAGCGUCCGCCGGCAGCUCAGUGGAUGGAUUCUCAGCCAUUAAGAUGACUGCUUUGGGUCGGCCUCAGUUCCUGUUGCAGUUCUCAGAGGUGCUGGUGAAAUGGAGGAGGUUUUUUAACCUGCUUGCCGCGCAGCAGGGGAAGGACGGCAUGGCUGUGCUGGAGCAGAAACUCGAGUUUGAGCAGCUUCAGGACAGUUUGGCCAAUCUGGGCGUGGGAGCCAAGCAGGACAUUGAGAACUGGUUCACUGGAGAGAAACUGGGCUCGUCUGGGACUAUCGACUUGCUGGACUGGAACAGCCUCAUCAACGACAGAACGAAGAUCUCCAACCUGCUUGUGGUGCCCAAUGUGGAGACGGGUCACCUGGAGCCUCUGUUGAGCCGAUUCACCGACGAAGAGGAGCGGCAGAUGAAGAGGAUGCUACAGCGGAUGGACGUUCUGGCCAAGCAUGCGGUUGAGAACGGCGUGAGGUUGAUGGUGGACGCCGAGCAGACGUAUUUCCAGCCAGCGAUCAGCCGACUGACCCUGGAGAUGCAGAGAAUCUUCAACAAACAAAAACCCAUCAUCUUCAACACCUACCAGUGUUACCUGAAGGAGGCCUAUGAUAACCUGAGCGUGGACGUGGAGCUGUCCCGCCGCGAGAGCUGGUGCUUCGGGGCCAAGCUGGUCCGUGGGGCUUACAUGCACCAGGAGAGACAGAGAGCGGCCGAGAUCGGCUACGAGGAUCCCAUCAACCCCGACUAUGAGUCCACCAACAGGAUGUACCACAGGUGUCUGGAAUAUAUCCUGGAGGAGAUCAACCACAACAGGAAGGCCAGUGUCAUGGUGGCAUCACACAACGAGGACACUGUCAAAUUCACACUGGAAAAGAUGAACGAGAUGGGACUCUCUCCCACGGAGAAUAACGUCUGCUUCGGCCAGCUGUUGGGCAUGUGUGAUCAGAUCAGCUUCCCUCUGGGUCAGGCCGGGUUCCCUGUGUACAAAUAUGUUCCGUACGGUCCAGUGAACGAGGUUAUCCCGUACCUAUGUCGCCGGGCACAGGAGAACCGCGGUAUCAUGAAGGGCUCACAGAGAGAGCGCAGCCUUCUAUACAACGAGCUCAAACGGCGCCUCUGCGAGGGCCAGCUGUUCUACAAGUCUGCCUGCUGAAGACUACACACCAGUCUUCGAUUAUAGACUGCUCAACUAAGGAACUCCUGAAGAUCAGCUCUCCCAUUAUAGACCAGUCUACUAUAGACUGUUCUUCUAUUAUAGACUGUCCUGCCUAAAAACGGCUGUGUAAAUCAGUCUACUAUACACCUGCUUUCUACUGUAGACUAAUUGACUAUAGACUACUUCAAAGCUGUUCCUUGGACUCCACCAGUUGUCUAUUGUAUGCCAGUCUACAGAAGACCUAUCUUUAUUGUAAUCUUCGGUUACUUUAGACCAGAAAUUUAUUGAAGACCAGUCUUUUAUUGUAGACAAGCGUAUUGUGGACCAGUCGUCUGUCGUAGGACAGUUUACAUAAAGGCUGUUCUGUAGACUGCCCUACUGUAGACCAGUCUUCUAUUGAAGUCCAGGCUUCUAUUGAAGACCAGUCUGCUGUAGGCCAGUCUUCUAUUGUAGACGAGUCUACUAUAGACCAGUCUUCAAUUAUAAACUGCCCAACUUAAAAGCUGCUCUGUAGACAAGUCUACUACUACUGUAGACCUGUCUAUUAUAGACCUGUCAUCUAUUAUAGACCUGUCUACUAUAGACCAUUCUUCUUUUGCAGGCCUGUUUACUAUAGACUUGUUUUCUGUUGUAGACCUGUCUGCUAUAAACCAUUCUUCUGUUAUAGACCAUUAUGUAGUCUACUAUACAGAACGUUAUAGUCUACUACAGACCUGUCUUCUGUUGCAGGCCUGUCUAUUACAGACUGGUCUUUCAUUGUGGACCUGUCUGCUAUAGACAAUUCUUCUAAUUAAGACCAGUCUACUAUAGACAAGUCCUCUGUCGAAGACCAGUCUGCUAUAGACUAGUCUUCUAUAGUAGAUGAGUCUACUAUAGACCAGUCCUAUGUGACAGACUACCCUACUCAAAAGCUGCUCUAUAGACCAGUCUACUAUAGACUAGGCAUGUAUCAUGGACAGCUGCUCUGAUGCAGCUCCUCGAUCACCUCCCGUCGCAGCCUCUGUAGUUGGGGUCAGCGAUCGUUGACCUCAGUCAAACAGUUGAUUAGUUGAUGAGGUUUGCUCAUUAAAUACAGUUACAGCCCAAGAGAGUUUAAAGCCCGCUGUCGGAAAGAAAACCUAGAGCUACGCCCUUUGUGGAGUAGCCAUGCUGUGCAGUCUUCAUGCUUUUUAUGGGACCUGGCCGUCUCUUUGUGUCUGUUACUGUAGUCAGACUGUUCACCACAUGUGCACACUGUAUUAAACACAGGGGGCAGUCACACUCCACUGUAAACAUA